AUCAGCAAAAUUAAAGCGGAUUCUGCGCUAGGAAACCAGGACUUUCUAUAAACGAUGGAAGAUAUACAGCCCAUCUCAGCUGCCGAACAGGUGUCGUUCUGUGUAGAAUUGUUGAAGCGCCUCAAUAUUCAGCGAAAACAAGAUUAUUUGUGCGACAUCACUUUGGUUUCUAAAGAUGGCAGCGAGUUAAAGGCUCACAGAAAUGUCCUUUCCGCCGCAAGUCCGUACUUUUCCAAACUUCUUCAGAGCGACAUGAAAGAAAAUCGAGAGGGGAUUGUUCGAUUUGAAGAGAUUUCAGGAUCUGUUAUGGGAGAUGUUUUGGAAUUCUUAUACACAGGAACUGUGGAGGUAACUCAGGAGAAUGCUGAGGAACUGAUCGCCGCUGGGAAUUAUCUGAUCAUACCGAGCUUGAAAACGCUUUCAGGGAAGUUUUUGGAAGAAGAAAUGUCUCACAUCAACUGUAUUUCAACCUUUUACCUCGCUGAGAAAUACGAUUGUGACGAGCUUAUCACCAGCAGCAGGCGUUUUAUUCACGAAAACAUUGUUUCCGUGGCAAAACUGGAUGAAUUCUUGCACCUGGAGGCCAAAGAGAUCGAAAGGUGGAUUUCGUCCGAUGAGAUUACAGUCAAAGAGGAAGCUGAUGUUUUUACGAUCAUUUUCGACUGGGUAAACCACAGAAAGAGCGAGCGAAAAGCAACAUUUGAAGAAUUGUUUAGUCACCUUCGACUGGGUUUUCUGUCGCGUGACUGUUUGCAGGGUAUCGUGACAAACGAGCUUGUUCGUGACAGUGCUGUUUGUUUAAGGCUAACUAUAGAUGCUACUCUUAAGGUGGCUACUUUUGUUAAUGAAGAUCAUCUCCCGCAGUCACCGAGAAAGGGACUUGAUUCACGCGUUAUUGUAGUUAGGGGUGGCAAGUACACUUUUUGUUACAUUCCUGAAGAAGACUUGUGGAAGCGUUUACCAGAUGGUGCGGAAGAGCUAAAUGCCAGUACAUCGAAGAUGAUAAAAUUCCGUGAUCAGUUGUUUACCUUCACAAAAUGUAAAGGUGCCGAGAGAUACGAUCCAGUUUUUAACGAUUGGUCAGUCUUAAAAUCGCACGCGGAGUCCUCUAACGUAGCUAUUGUGAAAGGGGAAAUUUACGCUGUUCAAGUAAACACUACUGACGGAAAAACUACCGUCGUAAAGUACAUUGUAGAGAUGUGUAGAUGGGAGGCAGUUGAUGUCUCAUUUGAUCAAGAUUGUAGAGAGAAUAUUUGUGUUGUUGCAGCUGGUAGACACCUGUAUGUGAUUGGAGGGUGGAAAAAUACACAGGAAUUUUUCGCAAAUGGUGAGAGAUUCGACACUGUAGAGAAGACAUGGGAGGAGAUUGCAACCAUGCGGGUAGAAAGAGGUGGUGCUUUUGGGGUGGCCACUCAGGAAAAAAUUUUCGUUGCUGGAGGGGUGUGCAGUGGAAAAAGCUCAAAUACUUGCGAGAUGUAUAAUAUAUCAACAAAUGAAUGGCAACUUUUUCAAAGCCUAAACAUUCCUCGUUACUUUGGUAGUAUGGUACAGCUGAAUGGAAAGCUGUACGUACUGGGUGGGAUAAGAACUAGCAAGAAAAUUGAACUAAGUGUUGAAUACUUUGACACUGCUGAGGACAAAUGGAUCCAGACAACAAGCAUACCAGUGGAAAGCAUCUCUACAACAUAUAAUCCGUUUAUUGGUUGUGCAAUGAGGCUUUCCAAAGGAGCACUAGACGAACUUAGUACUAUAGAGGCGUAGUUUCCAAGUCACUUUGCGACUCGUUAAACUGUCUCUGGUUAAAAAUGCUGACUAGCGCUCCCUGAUUGGAUGACUGUGCACACUAAUUAAGGACUUGUCAUCAUUUGUCGCCUGGUGGGUAAGGAUGUUUGGCUAUGUCAUGAUAAAAUUUACCUGAUCCCCCAUAAGGCUCUAUAGUAUUCUGAAGAUUCUCCUUCACUGACAGUCAAUUUCUUAUAGUCACCCUCUAUUGGCUGUAUUUUCUUUCUGUCCAGUGAUUUGUUUUUUACCACAAUAUCGUUGUCAAAUAAAAUUAUUCUUUCAUCAUCACAGUGGUCAAAAUGGUGUGGACUCAUGAGGUGCAGCCAAGUAUAUCUAUAACAAAUUUUGACUACUGUGAUGAGAAAUUGUUGUUGAUAAGAAUACAGACCACACAAAACCACUGUCCAUUUGUUUUUUACCACAAUAUCAUUGUCAAAUAAAAUUAUUCUUUCAGUGCCUGACAUGUUGCAUGAUACAUUGAUACAAGUAGCAUCAUCUUUACUUCUGUCAACAAUGGCAAAUUAACCAAUCAGAUUGCAACAUUACACUUCUGUCAAUUGUGGUACAACAAAAAUUAUUCCUGGGUUUAUCAAUUAGAUGCAAAAUUAGUUUAGUGUGCUUGAUCGAGGACAUUAAACUUUUCUUCUGAAAUUUGCACUGCCUUGAGUGGAAAUUGAAUGAAGAAUUAAUAAACAUAAAAUUCUAAUGGCUUGAGUUUAGUAGGAUUUGGGAAAAUCCAUAUUGUAGAUCACUUUAUAGUUGUGUGAGGAUGGUUUGUUAUAAUAAAGAUAGGAAACUUAAUAAGCAGCAGAGGAGUAAUGAAGAUAAACACUGAAGAGUUUAAUUCAUAACAAUGUCACCUUAGGGUGAUAUUAAUAAUUAGUAUAUACUAAAACAGUGGAUAGCGUUGAAGGCGCGCUCUG